AUGUACGCCAUCCGCACUCGCAGCGGCGACGUGUACUUGAAGAUCAAGAGGAACUUUGGGGACAUGAGCGCGCUGCAGGACGAGGACCUGGACGAGGCGGAGAAGAAGUGGAAGAGCGAGAGGCGCGGCGGCAACUACGGCGCGGGCACCAAGGAGAUGCAGGCGCGCAACUACGUGACGCGCAAGGAGCAGGAGCGCAAGCGCCGCGAGCUGUUUGACGACGCUCUGGACAAGUUCAAGAGCGGCGACAUUGCGGGCGCACUGGUUGACUUUGAGAAUGUGGCGUCCCUGGAGCCCCGCAACUAUGUUGGUGACAGCGGCGCGCGCGUGACGCCCGUCAUGCCCGUCACCGCCUACAACAUCGCCUGCUGCUACAGCAUGCUGGGUCAGAUCGACGAGGGCCUGCGCUCCCUGGAGCAGGCGCUGUCCCUGGGCUACGAGGACUACAGCCAGGUGCGGUCCGACAAGAACCUGACCAAGCUGCGUGAGAGCCCCAGGUUUGAUGAGGUGCUGAACAAGUACGACGAGCCGGUGAUCAACAUGGAGGCAGUCAAGGCCACCUUUGGCUGGCUGUUCAAGAAGUAG